CAUUUGUGUCCGCUGCUCUCUUCAGGUGUGCUGGAUCAGAUCUAAAUGCACAGUCUUUUGUACUGGGGGGUAAAAAUGGCAGUUUAUCAAAAAAUAUCGGACAGUGCGAUGUUUUAAGUGGAAAAACGCCUGAAUGUGGUGAGGGGACCAACCAGCACUGAGUUAUGGAGCAGCUGGUAAGGACUUGUGCAUUUCUGGAGAGUCUGCAAAGCUGUCUUGGUUGAUUUCACUCGUCAGUAAAUUCAGCUCAUUGGUCAGAUCAAAACCGUCCCCCGAUGUUUCAGUGGCUGAAGCGAGAGCCAGCCUCUCUGAAAUGACUUAUUGUCGUUCUGGGAGGAGUUCGAGAUCGUGGCCGGGGGUUACAGUCAGGGGGAUAUUUCCAGUUGUUGAAAGUCAGGCAAGCAAUAACUUCCAGUCACUCGGGGUCGCUGGGGUUGAGUGAGGGUGGGGUAUCCCCCACAAACAGCUGUUUCACAUGGAUCAGGUUAAACCCAGGCCUCCUCCACUCUCUUACUGGUCAAAGCGAGAGCCUGCCUUUCUGAAAUUACUUUGGGGUCGCACCGUCAGAGACAUUGUCAGUUUACCCACACUGGCUGGUGUGUGACUCUCUCAGGGAUCCUUGCUCAGGUACGACCAUCUCACGCUAAGGUGGAGCGUGAGUAAGUCUGACUCUCAUUUUCUUUGUUUGGAUUAAACAAACACAAAGAAAACGAAUCAUAGCCAACAGAGCAUGCAGCCUCCAACUCCCCCCAUCCUUAUUGCCCUCUGUUGUUACAAAAGCACUGGUUUAAUCAAAAAAUAAUUUUUUUAUGGUUUAACACAUUUUUAUACACACACACACAGGUCACCAAAACAGUUUCUAAAAAGAUGACAUUUUUGUCCAAAAAUCACAAUAAAAGACCAAUAUCAAUUAUUCCAUCAGUUUAAUUUCUAUCUCAAACAUCCUGUUCAUCAGCCUAGUCCAUCUCCCCUAUUUUCAUUUUAUUUUUGGGACAUAUGAUUAUUGCUGAGGUGUGAAAUAUCAUAAUUUUAUGAUAUUCAUAAAAAUGAUGACUCUCAUGUUCCUUAGUCGAGUUAGUGCAGAACACCUCACAUUUUCUCUGUGUCAGUUCAGACAGACAAACGCUGGAUCUCCUCCCCUCUGACUGCAGCUGUCGUCACUGAUGUUGUACCCAAACAGCAGCAACCAUAAAGCACCAGUAACUCCACUUUGCUCUGACCAGAGCUGUUGAAUGAUCAGUUCCGCAGGGUUUUCCUGUCCAUCCUGUUUUCCAUCCGAAGCGCUGUUUGUCGUAAAGUUACUGGUUUUUGCGACAGUUCCGGUCGUUAUGUUUGCCGAUCGUUAAUUUUUGCCGAUUUGCUUUACGACAUUUCUGACAAACCAGAAGUGUCAGCCUAUGGCAAAGUUGUUUCUGGAGAGAAUCGCUUUUAAUUAUUUAUUCGAUUUUUCUAGUUGAAGUCAAACGGAGAUCUUGAUGGCUCACUCCUGAGGAUACCAGCAGAGCUUACAAUGCGAGAAGCGUCCGCACAUUUUGUGCAGCUUUUGUCCACAGUGCUAGCUAACGAGCUCAUUUAGCCUGAAUCCUGUUUGUCAGCUUUCGCUCCUGGAGAAAGUACGAACGAAAUUCCAUGUGAGACAUCCUCGCGUGUUCACCCCGAGCCCUCUGGGUGCUGUCCUUAGCAGACUCACAGCCGGGUUUUGAUCGUAAAAUGUGGCUACAGCAACGACUGAAGGGGCUACCAGGCUUGUUAUCGAGCAGCUGGGCGAGAAGACUCCUUAUAGGACUGUUGCUCUUCCUCAUUUUCUAUUGGUACCUGGGAGCCGAGCGAAGAUGGAGGUUGUUCAGUGGCUCAGCCAUGCCCGGAGGGGCGGCCGGGCAGUGUCUCCUGACUGAGAUCUACAGGUGGAAGUCCCUGGUAGACCGAGGAGAAGGCAUAUACAGCACACCUCAGGAACGGCUAGACACGCCUUUUGUAACUGGUAACGGCCAUAUUCUGAUUGAUAUUGAGUCUAACAAACUUUGGGUAGCUUCAUCCUCACAGCCCGGCUCGGCUCCGGUACACCAGACUGAGUACUCUCCCAGAGUCACCGUCAGCCUGGAUGGGGCGCUGGCCGAGGCUGAGGCUAACAUGCUGUGGUUCCGGAAGGGAUCGGUCCUGUCAGUCCGCUGCGCCUCACCAGCCACCCUGCAGUCAGCCCGAGACUGUGUCACUAUUAGAGAGGAGUUUAUUGCUCACAGAAGCAGACCUAACGUAUUUCUGCAGCGAAUCCAUAUCAACAAUCCCUCCGAUAGGGCUCUAAACCUGGACUUAUCGUCUGGAAAUCCCUCUUUCGGUAGCAAGUUCUCCACCAGUGUGGAGAAACUGGAUGACAGAGAGGUAAUCCUCUCCUCUGGCAGGGUGCCGGUGGAAAAAAAUAGGAUGGUUCUGGUCGUGGUGGUCACCAAAAAGCUAAGCAGCAGGAUCCAUGUUUUGGCUAAGUCAGAGCACGUAGACAACAUUGUGAGUGUGGUGUGGACCUCAGAGUCCAUCGAGUCCUCAAUGCUGGAGGAGACCUUCAGCGCCCUCAAAGACGGAGCCAAAAAGGAGCUGGAAGAGUUGCUGAGGACCAGUGAGGAUAACUUGGUCGAAGACCACCAGAAAGCCUGGAAGGAGCUCUUCAUUUCAGGUAUUGAAAUGAGGAAGAUCAUCGACUCCCACACGCCAUCGAGCCGCACCGUGAACACCACCCUCUACUACAUCUUGUCCUCCUCCGCGGCUCCGCUUCUGGACCAAAGGCUAAAUGGCGAGGAGCGCGCCAGUCUCGAAUCCAGUCUCAACUACGCUGACCACUGCUUCAGCGGCCACGCCACCAUGCACGCAGAAAACCUGUGGCCUGAGAGAGUCAGCAGCACUGCUCAGAUCCUGCAGCUGGUCACGCUGUGGACUCUGACGUUGCACAAAAGAGGCUGCAAGGUGUUGGUAGCUGCUGGGGCCCAUGGAGUCAUGCAGGGCAUGGUGCUUAGCUUUGGUGGCCUUCAGUUCACAGAGAACCAUCUGCAGUUCCAGACCGACCCAGAUGUGCUGCACAACAGCUACGCAUUGAGAGGCAUUCACUACAACCAGGACCUCAUCAACUUGGCGGUGCUGUUGGAUGUGGAUGGAAAGCCUUUUCUCCACGUGUCGGUAAAGCCGCAGGAAAAGCCGGUGAAGCUGUAUGCCUGUGAGGCCGGCUGCCUCAACGAGCCCGUGGAGCUUACGUCAGAGAUUAAAGGCCACACCUUCCCCGUCAUGGUGACGCAGCCCAUCACGCCGCUGCUCUACAUCUCCACAGACUUGCGCCAUCUGCAGGACCUCCGCCACACUCUGCACCUCAAGGCCAUCCUUGCUCACGAGGAACACAUGGCCAACAGGUACCCAGGCCUGCCCUUCCUCUUCUGGUUCAGCGUGGCCUCGCUCAUAACUCUCUUCCACCUUUUCCUGUUCAAGCUCAUAUACAACGAGUACUGUGGGCCCGGAGCUAAGCCUCUCUUCAGGAGCAAGGUGGCCAGCAAACGUGAGGAUAACUGCCAUGACUCCUUGGAUACUGAUUGAAUGCUGCAGCAGUGUGAUGCACACACAUGUGGUUCUGCUUUAGCUUGGGGGGAGGGUAUUAACAUGGAUGUGCUGACCUGCAUGUCACAGCCGUCACUGAACACUUAGAAAGAAUGUCAUCUGCUGCAGAGCGAUCCUGUAAAACUAACUGGUUAAAAUGGAAUUAAGUUUAUUUUUUGAAAUGGGACUGUUCACCCAGGUAACCAGAGCAUGAUCCAAAUCUGUCCAAAAACUAAGUGAAAGCAAAAGUUUUGUACUCACCGUCAGUGUUGGUUAAAGUGACUGUGACUAACUAAUAACAAGGAAAUCAAAUGAUGAAAUAUAGGAACAACAAAUUAGGGAAACUGUUGAUUAAGGCUCCAUACAAAUUUACAAACCUGGUAAGUAAUACUAGGGGCACAUCUGACGAUUUCUCAGUGCUGUUCGCUUGAUACAGUUUCAUGGUUCUUAUUUUUGUGCGUGACCAACAUUGCUCCAUUCUGUGUGAUGAGGAGGCUGGAAGUUUUUAUUAUUAUGAAUUCUUCGUUUCCUGCCACAGAAGUGCAAACACGUAAUAAAAGAAUUUGGACAAUCUGCACUCUAAAUGGAUUUUUAAUGGAAGGAUGCCUCCAAUUCUCUGGUAUCACUUCUCAGAUGUGAAUGUUGUACUUUUUCAGCUUUUCUGGCUGUUAUUGAUAGACUGUUAAUUGUACCAUUAUUGUAUAGUCUGCUGAUUAAACACCGAGGACCUAAAAUAAGAAUUAGACUUGGAGUCACUGAAAUCCAAAGCACAGGAUGGAAGGACCUGCUGUGGUACAUGCCCACUGAGGUCUGCAGAACAUCUUUAAAACAACUUUACAUUUUUCCUAAUGAAUGAUUUCAGUUUUUAUGACCAGAGAUUGCAGCUGCUGGCUUUUGAGUUGUGGCUGUGUGACCAAACCUCUGGUACCAGCUUCUUAAAAGUAAAUGAGAAAAUUUAAGCUACAGCUGAGUCAGUUUAGCUGGGUUUACACGAUUCUUGCAUUUUUAAAAAUAAUUCUGGCACUUUAGGUUUUGUUUGUCAGUAAUGAGACAGAAGGCCUUCUAUUGAAAAGGUGUCGAACAGACAUUUUUAAGUUCAAAUGGGGAUGAUGGUAGACAUUUUAUUCAUCAGAAAAACUAUUAGGUAUCAUGUGCAGUGUAUGUGUUUCUAAUUAUUUAAUAAUAACACUUUCAUUAUAAUAAUUUCUAAGGGAAGCAUGUAGAAUAUGGAACGUCCUGGUCCGAACACACAAUCCUGCAGAACUCGUGCAUGAGGAAAAAUCUUCAUUCACAUAAACAAAUGAUGUAUCAGACAGAUGAGAUUAGACCAGCACAACUAUUAUAAUGCCAACAGUUUAUUGUAGUGUCUGCACAGGGCUCAGUGUGAGAGGCCAUGACAACAUCAUUAGUAACUUGUAGCUCUGCUGUUUUCUAUCUUUACUGAAGCACUUCAAAAUCAUUCCUUUGCAACUGACAAUAUAUAACAACUUGAAUAAAAUAAAUAAAUCGAAGGUUAGAAUUGAUUUCAGAAUUUGCAAAAAUACUUUUAAAACAAAGCAAACUCAGUUUAUGUGUGUACACAUUUCUACUACUUUUUA